GUAGCCGCACGCCCGACUCCGGCUGUCUAAGAGCCUGAUCACGCUGCUCUGCACAUUGCAGAUACUACACGUAUAUUAUGAAUUAUGUUUUUCUAAAUGCCAUUCAAACACUGCGUUGAUUUAACGGGUUUGAGUAUGCUUUAAAAUCUCAUUUAUUUCCCAUUGCUAUGUUCUUUAAAAUCCAGGUGCCACACACACACUUACUCUGCAUGCUGCACAUUAUAUCUUUUAAAAUAUCAGUGCGAUUUGUCAGUCAUGCUGUUGUCUUGUAUCGAAAAUUUCACCUGUUUGCUUUAUUUUUCAGCAUAGCAAAGCACACAGUACUUCCACGGCUCAAAAUGUAAUCGAAAUCAAUAAGAAACGGAUGGAGGUUUCCGUCCCGAAAGCCCCCUAACUAAUUAUAAAGUGCAAUUAACAGACGCAUCGUGAUCGUUUUGGAUUGGCCGUUGUGGUAAUACCAGGGUCUAUAAUUCUUGCUAUUUAUUUACUGAACGCCGAAUUACAAUAGAAAUAUUAAAACCACCGUCAAACAGCGGCUAGCUCUGGCUGCCUGGCAGUGAAUUAAUUAAUUACUGCAGAAAGUGUGGGCGACGGCGCUGGGCGCAAUGUCUAUCCAUCAUGGAGGGAGAGACGGAAAGGCCCCGAGGUAGGGGGAUACGCUUCGUGAUACAUGCAUGAUGUAUUUUUAUGACAUUAUUUAUCAAGUGUAGCCACACUGCUGAAAUGAACACAGAGCAACAGGGGGCUGAGGAGCUGGAAUACGGGUCCUGCAGACCGGUCAGACCCAGGAGUGUUGCUAGGCUCCUGAAGCAUCCAAGUCUUAGCCUGGAGCCCUAAUCGGUCUGAGGGCUCUCAAGCUGAGAGCAUGCUGCUUAAAACAUCUGAGAGCUAAAUCACUGGGGGCUCGUUGGGAUGCAUUCAGGGCCUCGGCCUCCAGAGUCUGGGGAUGGAGAAGCUUCUGCCCAGACUAAUGCAUCACACAGGCAUGAUGUGAGCGUUUGCUGUGAGAAAAGUUAUACGCAGUGUCCCCGGUGGUGGAACCAAGGAGAGCCGGCCUUUCAGCCUGCAAAACAGAGUCAUUUUCUAAAAUGUGAUAUAUCACUACUCACUACAUUUAUUAUGCUUUUUUUAUUGCCAGAGGUUUAUCUAUUCGUCCAGGGGAAAAGCCAGUGCAGAUCCCUUUCGUGGCACCAGUCACCAAGGAUCCAGACAAAGUGCUGUCAAUAUUCAAUCAGCGGUGGUCGGAUUGAAACUCAUUUGGCAUCCGCUAAAAUCACUUUCCUGUCGAUUGCUUGAGUGAAUGCUUUACAACGGCCAGGAGUACAGCAGAUUAAUUGCGGAUUAUCCAUUGCAUGCAUGCUAUGUAAUACUUCAGCCCCAUUAGGCCCUGUUGUGAUAAACCGUUAUUUUAAUAUUUAACUGUGCAGUAAAAGCCGUUUCUGCAGCAACUGAGACAAUUAAAAACAUCCCCCCAUCUUCCAUGGCCACUUAUCCAGUGCGGGGCUGAGCUGGCAGUUGAAAACAAGAAUCUCUAAAAUGAACAUACAUCUAAAGCCUGGCUUUUUCGCAGCAUACAGAGGUUCAGCGACCAUCCCUCCAUCCUCUCAUAGCUCCCCCUGCCUGAGAACGCAGGCAUAACCUUUUCUCCUUCCUUUUAAACAGAAAUUGUAAAUGUGGAGGCGUCGGUUUCACGUCGGUACGUCUUUUUAUCUGCACAGAUCUGACUGGUGGCUGCAGCUGGUUUCUCUGCCAUCAGAGACCCUAAACCCCAGUGCAUCAGCUGCCAUUUGUGGAGAUGGUCUUCACCACUGCGUCUUCGGCCAGUUCGUCUGAAUCUCUUUGCGACUCUGUCUUUUCCUACAAAAAGAGCCCCCCACCCCCCACAAUGGUGCCAAGUUGAGCCUAAUAUUUCAUACUUUAGAAUGUGUGGGCGUCACCUUUGGCACGGGCCAAUCACAGCCAACAGAGGAGGGGGAGGGGCACAAGCUGUUGAGGGGUGAUGAGGCAGGAAAAGCCCAGACUACCCAAAGGCCUUCUGGGAAGUGUUCGGGGCUUUUGAUGAGCGCCCCAUUUAAAAUAUUUCUUAAAUUUAAAAACUGUGUCAUUCCCCGGGAAGCCAGACUUGAUUUAUUCUGACAGAUCGCAGACACUAAUGCAGUCUGGUGUCCCUGCCGUUCUCGGCCUGGUUCAAAGCCUCCUGGGGCUCUGAGAGGAGAUGAUUCUCACUCCGUGCCAUCUCUGGGUCACAUGGCCCACUCAGUGCUCAGUACCCUGAGUCGCACGUGACACUGCUUAGCAAACAUCUUUCCCGGGAGAGCCAUCCACAGCUUUCCCUUAAAGCUUCUGGCUGUUGAGCUGUACUUUGGGGUAUGUACCCAAUGCCUGGGGCCUCUCUUGGGACCUGCAGCCUUUGGUGAUCGGACCACAUCCCCGUCCACCUCACUGCCUGCUCCUUUGCUUUUAGGGUGUCCAACACUGACUCGAUGGUCAGUGGGAAAUUAGCAGUUUGUCCCUAACCUGGCCUUGCUAGGAGCAUCACCAAACCGAGCUGGUUGUGUCACCACCAUCCGAUUGGUCGGAAUGCAGGGAGAUACUGGUGUUCUGUACAUGGAUUAUCUGAAGGAAAAGGCAUGUAUUUUAUAUAUUAUUUAUUAUUAGUAGUUUCAAGAUGCAUUCCCGAAAACUCAGUACUUGAAAACUGUAACUAGUCCCAAACUGUAACUAGUCUGGUACAGCUCCAGGUAUGGGUUAGUUCCUGUACGCCAGUGGAAAAGCUCCGUUAGUUCCUUAACUGUUGUCUCCUCAAUUAUUCUGUCCAUUUGAGUCAGAGCUGACUGUUGUUCAGUCCUCACAGAGCUUCUCGUCAGGUCCUUCCUGCCGCUUAGAGCACCCCCUGUGUAGAAGGAAGCACUUUAGAAGCCAAAAAGCACCAUUAGUUAGCCUCUUGGCGAUACCGUCUCCUUUCAUGUAAACACCAUUACGUCAGUAGUGUUUCUUCAGUACUUUUUCAGAAAUACCUGAAGUAGUACUUCUGUAUUCUUACUCAGCUCUUUUCCUUGUGUGUGUGUGUGUAUAAAAAAAUUGCACUUUCUCAACAGACUAUUCAGAUAGAUGGUUUCACAGCCUUAUUGAGCUAGUAUGGGAAAAAUUCAUCGCAGAGUCUCAAAGCACUUAUGUAAGUCGCCCUGGCUAAGGGCGUCUGCCAAAUGCUGUGAAUGUAAAUGUGUGGAGUGAAAACACUUGGGGGCCUUUAAUGGCUUGAAGGACAGAUGCUUUGGCACAUUGUAAAUCAUACAUCCAUACAUAUAGUGCUACAUCUUGGAUGAUUUCAUAAUAAUAUCAAAACAAAGUGAGUAGGGGGCGGUCAUUGUCUGUUAAUAUUAAUAAUCUCUCAUUGCAUGCAAUGUUGGGACAAUAGGCAGUGAUGAAUAACUUCAGUUUAGCAAGAACUUUCAUGAUAACCUCAGCUGUCCUCUUCCUACCCUCAGGAUCACCGAGGCAGUGUGCAUGGAGGUCCUAGCUAAAGGCUGUCCUCUUCCUACCCACAGGAUCACAGAGGCAGUGUGCAUGGAGGUCCUAGCUAAAGGCUGUCCUCUUCCUACCCACAGGAUCACAGAGGCAGUGUGCAUGGAGGUCCUAGCUAAAGGCUGUCCUCUUCCUACCCGCAGGAUCAUCGAGGCAGUGUGCAUGGAGGUCCUAGCUAAAGGCUGCCCUCUUCCUACCCAUAGGAUCACAGAGGCAGUGUGCAUGGAGGUCCUAGCUAAAGGCUGUCCUCUUCCUACCCACAGGAUCACCGAGGCAGUGUGCAUGGAGGUCCUAGCUAAAGGCUGUCCUCUUCCUACCCGCAGGAUCACAGAGGCAGUGUGCAUGGAGGUCCUAGCUAAAGGCUGUCCUCUUCCUACCCACAGGAUCACCGAGGCAGUGUGCAUGGAGGUCCUAGCUAAAGGCUGUCCUCUUCCUACCCACAGGAUCACAGAGGCAGUGUGCAUGGAGGUCCUAGCUAAAGGCUGUCCUCUUCCUACCCGCAGGAUCAUCGAGGCAGUGUGCAUGGAGGUCCUAGCUAAAGGCUGCCCUCUUCCUACCCAUAGGAUCACAGAGGCAGUGUGCAUGGAGGUCCUAGCUAAAGGCUGUCCUCUUCCUACCCACAGGAUCACCGAGGCAGUGUGCAUGGAGGUCCUAGCUAAAGGCUGCCCUCUUCCUACCCACAGGAUCACUGAGGCAGUGUGCAUGGAGGUCCUAGCUAAAGGCUGUCCUCUUCCUACCCACAGGAUCACCGAGGCAGUGUGCAUGGAGGUCCUAGCUAAAGGCUGCCCUCUUCCUACCCACAGGAUCACAGAGGCAGUGUGCAUGGAGGUCCUAGCUAAAGGCUGCCCUCUUCCUACCCACAGGAUCACCGAGGCAGUGUGCAUGGAGGUCCUAGCUAAAGGCUGCCCUCUUCCUACCCACAGGAUCACAGAGGCAGUGUGCAUGGAGGUCCUAGCUAAAGGCUGCCCUCUUCCUACCCGCAGGAUCACUGAGGCAGUGUGCAUGGAGGUCCUAGCUAAAGGCUGCCCUCUUCCUACCCGCAGGAUCACUGAGGCAGUGUGCAUGGAGGUCCUAGCUAAAGGCUGCCCUCUUCCUACCCACAGGAUCACAGAGGCAGUGUGCAUGGAGGUCCUAGCUAAAGGCUGUCCUUUUCCUGCCUGCAGGAUCAUCGAGGCCGUGUGCAUCGGCUGGUUCACAGCUGAGUGCAUCGUGCGCUUCCUGGUGUCCCGUGAUAAGUGCGAGUUCCUGCGGCGUCCACUGAACGUCAUUGACCUGCUGGCCAUUGCUCCAUACUAUGCCUCGGCGCUGGCGGCGGCUGUGACGGGCGAGAGCUCGCAACUGCAGCGUGCCGGCGUUACACUGCGUGCCCUACGCAUGAUGCGUAUCUUCUGGCUCAUCAAGCUGGCACGCCACUUCCUGGGCCUGCAGUCGCUGGGGCUGACGCUGCGGCGCUGCUACCGCGAGAUGGUCAUGUUGCUGGUGUUUGUGGGCGUGGCCAUGGCCAUCUUCGGUGCACUGGCCCAGCUGCUGGAGCAUGGCUUGGACCUGGUUCCCAGCAGUGAGGACUACGCCAGCAUCCCGGCCGCCUGCUGGUGGGUUAUUAUCUCCAUGACCACAGUGGGCUAUGGAGACAUGUACCCCAUCACCAUGCCCGGGCGCGUGCUGGGCGGCCUCUGUGUGGUCAGCGGCAUCGUGCUGCUGGCACUGCCCAUCACCUUCAUCUACCACAGCUUCGUGCAGUGCUACCAUGAGCUGCGCCUGCGCUCAGCUCGUUACCACCGCAGCCUCUCCACUGAGUUCCUCAACUGAGUGGCACGAGUCUGCCCCUCACCAGCACUCACCUCCCAUCAAACCGGCAAACUCCCUACCGUGCACCUCCUUUCUUUGGCCAGAAGACUCUUCUGACGCAUUUGUUCCUGCAUUCUGGCCACAGGAGUGUGUCAGGGUUUGUGUAAGGGCAUGACAGGUACCCAUGUUGAGAGCAACCAAUAGGAAAUGCUGUUAGAUCAUGGGUACCCAUCUUAGAUACAUCCAUGGAAGUCAGGGACACAUAAUGAAGAACCGGUAAUUGUUUCUCAAGCUUCCUCGUGCAGGUGAACGAUAUUAACGAUGACCAAAGUACCAGAGUUUCCGAUGCAUCACAGCCAAAGUGAUAUUAUAUUCUGCUUCAGUCCAGAGUGAGGACAGCAAGUUCGAACAUGAUGUGAUGGCAGGUCCAUCCCAGUGUCCUGCAUAAUGCCACCGGGAUUCAAUUGAUCAUUUUCUAUUAAUCGAGCCCUUCGUAGUGACUGCUGCUCUCUGUCUGGAAGGUAAGACUCUUUCCAGUAGAUGAUUAGCUUACUGAUGGCAGCCAACUAGCCAUUGGACAUGGACUGCCCAGUUCACCAUGAACUGACUUCCUGUAGAGGCUCCGGAGGUGCGCGCCAUGGGGUAGGUGGGAGGUGAUGCCAUGGGUGGACCCUUGACCCCUGUCUUCUGUCACAGGGGCCCAAAAGGAGAGGCAGCUGCCCCCUCAGGCUGGCACCCCACCACUGCCGCCAUGCCAUGGCGGGGGUUCAGUUUCCUUAGUCUCGGGGGGCAGUUUCCUUCCUUUUCAGCGCUGACCAUGUGACCUCCUUCCCUCAACCCUCUCCCACUGCUCCAUUGGCCUCCUCUGAAGGCUUCCAGGCCCCCUAGCUGCCAGGGAAAGCUACUGCACCCAGUGAUGUCAACACUGUCUCUCUGACUUAUUUACGUAUCUAACAUCAAACUUCCUGGGCAUUAGGCAGCUACAGGGGUGUGAAAGGCUGGAUGUGACGCUUUCUCACAUGCCUCUGUCUCUGCCUGCAGUAGAUAAUACACCAGCAGCUUUGGUCACAUCACUUUUGCCGGACGUUCACCAGAGGGGUGUCACCUCUGUGCCACCAGUCAUCCAGGGUCACAAGAUCACAUUCAGGACACUCAAGGUCAUCCAUCAACAGCAGCUUGGAAGCCAUGUUCUUUUCUAGUUUUGUUAAUGAUUUUUCUAAAAAUAUUACUUAAGUAUAUAAAUAUAUUCGAAAUAACACCUAAAUUGUUAUUGAAUGCAAUUAAUCUUCAAAAGACCAAGCUUGAAUACUAUGGUUGCUCUCUAGGUGAAAAAUCACUGCCCUUCCUAGAAAUUCCUGCAGGAAAAUAUAUAUUCUCCGUGCUUCAUUGCAUGAUGAGUUUUAAAAAUUAAAGCGGAAAAACGUUGUUUAAAAGUUAUAAGCUUAACUGGAGUUCCACUGCUUCCUGCCAUGUGAACAGUUCAACUGGAUGAUGUUGGACUUCCACUGGGAAUAAACCUUCAUACUGGACCUGUCA